AUUAACUCAGUAUAAUAAAGACUGACCUGUGCUGUCCUGUAUUGCAUAAUAAUGACAGCAACCGCCGGAGCUCCACGGCGGGGGUUCCUGCAAAAUUGUGUGGUGGAGGAGUUCUUGAAGCUAUGCGUGUUAUCUUUAAUGGCUUUUGUAUUGAUGUUGUUAGUGUAUAGUACCAAGUAUUAUGGAGAAUUUGAGAUUUUGUACCGUUUUCUGGAAGUUAAUCUCCCCGGAGUUGCGGUUGGCGCCACCGCCGGCGCGGCGGUGGUCGGAUUGAUUGUGUGCAUUGUGGCGCGACCUAGGGCGGUUUAUCUCGUCGACUAUGCGUGCUAUCGGCCGCCGGAUGAGCUCCAGGUGAAGUUCGGGAAGUUCAUGGAGCACUCGCGGUUGUUUGGGGAUUUCGACGAUUCGUCGCUGGAAUUUCAGCGGAAGAUUCUCGAACGUUCUGGAAUCGGAGAGGAGACCUACUUGCCUGAAGCGCUGCAUCGGCUGCCGCCGAAUCCGUCGAUGACGGCGGCGCGUGAGGAGGCAGAGCAGGUGAUGUUCGGCGUGGUGGAUAGUCUAUUCGCGGCGACCAGCGUCAAGCCGGAGGAGAUCGGAAUACUCGUGGUGAACUGCAGCCUUUUCAAUCCAGUUCCGUCGCUUUCCGCCAUGAUUGUGAACAGAUACAAGCUCCGACAGAGUGUGAGGAGCUUCAAUUUAGGAGGCAUGGGAUGCAGCGCCGGAGUAAUCGCCGUCGAUUUGGCAAAGGACAUGCUCCGAAUCCACCGGAAAACCUACGCCAUUGUUGUGAGCACCGAAAACAUCACUCAGAAUUGGUACUUCGGGAACCAGAAAUCGAAGCUAAUCCCUAACUGCCUUUUCCGCAUGGGAGGAUCCGCAAUUCUACUCUCGAAUCGGAGCUCCGACAAGCGGAGAUCCAAAUACCAGAUCCAACACGUGAUCCGAACCCACAUUGGAUCCGAACCCGACGCAUACCGCUGCGUGUACCAGGACGAAGACCAAAGAGGCAAAAUCGGAGUUUCUCUGUCAAAGGAUCUAAUGGCGGUCGCCGGCGCCGCCUUGAAAGCCAACAUCACGGCGCUCGGACCGCUCGUCCUCCCCGCCGGCGAGCAGUUCCGGUUCUUAUUAACCCUAAUUGCACGGAAAUUGGUAAAUCCCCAAAUUAAACCCUACGUACCUGAUUUCAAGCUCGCCUUCCACCAUUUCUGUAUCCACGCCGGCGGAAGAGCAGUAAUCGACGAGGUGGAGAGGAAUCUCCGGCUGGAUCCAAUCGACGUCGAAGCUUCGCGCAUGACGCUUCACCGAUUCGGAAACACUUCGUCUAGCUCGAUUUGGUACGAGCUCGCGUACAUUGAGGCGAAAGGGAGAAUGAAGAAGGGGCAACGAGUGUGGCAGAUCGCGUUCGGGAGCGGAUUCAAGUGCAACAGCGCCGUGUGGGAGGCGCUGCGCAAUGUCCGGCCGCCGCCGCCGGCGGUGGCGGUGGCGGGGAGCCCCUGGCUGGAUUGCAUUGACAGGUAUCCGGUAGAGAUAGUUUCCUAA